AUGAGUGCGAAUGUCACCUUCGAUCCGCUUGCAGGACAUCUCCACCACCUCACCGCCGAGCAAAUCGAGGCCUUUAUUGAAUUCAAGGACAAUCUUGCGCUUGCGGGGCUGUAUACCCAUGCCGCCGAGCCAGAGUCGCCAACGGCAUCGCAUGAUGAUCCUACUUUACUGCGGUUCUUGAGAGCGCGGCGCUUUCACCCGGGCCCGGCGCAAAGGCAGUUCGCGGACACGGAGCAGUGGCGCAAAGAACACGGCGUGGAGGGUUUGUACAAGACGUUUGACCCGCAGGAGUUCGAGUCGGCCAAGCGCUUUUAUCCGCGAUGGACGGGGCGGAGAGACAAGCAUGGAUUGCCGCUGUAUGUGUACAAGCUCGCGGCGGUGGUGCCGUUGCAGAAGGAACUGGAUGCGGUCCCCCCCGCGCGGAGAUACCAGCGAAUCGUCGCCCUCUACGAGUUCAUGUGCAACUUUGCGCUCCCGCUGUGCUCGCACCUGCCGCACGCGACGGCGCCGACGCCGGUGUCGUCCGUGAUGACGAUCAUUGAUCUGAAGGGCGUGGCGCUGACGUCGAUGUGGUACCUCCGCAGCCACCUGCAGGAGGCCUCGCGCCUCGCGACGGCGAACUACCCCGAGACGCUGCACGCCAUCGCCGUCGUCAACUCGCCCGGGUUCUUCCCGACGAUCUGGGGCUGGAUCAAGGGCUGGUUCGACGAGAACACGAGGAAUAAGAUACAUGUCCUGGGGCGGGACCCGGGGCCGACGCUGUGUGAGCUGGUGCACCCGGCGGACCUGCCGAAGGAGUAUGGGGGCGAGCUACCGUGGACGUUUACGGACGAGCCGAUGCUGGAUGAUGAGGCCAAGGCUGCGAUUGGGGAAAUGCCCAAAGGGCCGGUCAAGUUUGUGGAUGGCAGCGUCGUACGUUUGUACGAGUGA